GGUAGUUCUAGUUCAUCGCAACCCAAACGACCUUGUCGGGGCUUUUCGCCCUGUUCCCUCUCUCACACUCGCAUCAUCCACCACCAUCUCCCAUCUGUCGCGCCUCCAGCCCUCCACCGCCCUCCCGCGACACACGAGCCACGAGCCACAUGUUCCUUCGUCUGCUACUUCCCGUGUACUGCCGUAACGUUUCUCCUGCAUCGAAUGCCUUACUAACCCUCGGCCUGCAAUUGAGGCGCUGCCCUGCCCGCCGCGGUUCCCGAUACCCGCCCGCGUUGAUCUCGUGCACCGCACACCUCCAUCUCGCUCCCUCGGCUCUGUCUGGCCUGCGUGAUCCAUCAUUUCCCGAUCCCGCUGCCCCGUUCCGCCGUCGCAUCAUCGCCUUGAUCGCUGUGCAGGCCCCUCCUCUAGCCUCGUCCUCCCACCCCGUUAUCUACUCGGCACGACAACCCCCCGCGGUCGCACUGUUUGUUGUCGUGUGUGCGCGCGCCCGGCCGACUAGCGCGCCGACCUCGACGAAACGUGGCGGCCCUCACUCUCCUCAGUCAUUCCGAUACUGAGCUCUCCCUCCAGCAGCACCUUGAUCUUGCGCCCGAACUUCUGCAAUACAAUCGUCUUGGGGAGGUGGACUCCGACUACCCGUUGACGAUGGCGGCACAGCCUGUGCCUCAUCCGUCGACGGAUCGGAGGCGAGUCAAGGUCUAUGAGCUUCGUAACAACGACUGGUUCGAUCGCGGCACCGGCUUCUGUACAGCCACCUUCAAUUCUUCCGAAGAUGGCCAUCCACAAGAUGCACAAGUGAUCGUUGAGUCUGAAGACCACCCUGACCGCACCCUAUUGAAAACUCGCAUCUGCAAGGAAGAUGGGUUUCACAAGCAACAAGAAACUCUUAUUGUCUGGACUGAGCCUACCAACGGUGUCGACAUGGCACUAAGCUUCCAGGAGGCUGAAGGCUGCGCUAUAAUUUGGAAGUUCAUUAAUAGCAUACAGCAACAGUACAACCCCUCAAAUAACCAAGAUGAUAGUCUGUCAGAUGAUCUCGCCAUGGACAUGACCAACCCGAUCCAUCUUCCAGAGGUAUCGAUGGCCAACCUCGCCGACAUCGAGUCACAGAUGCGCAUGAUGAGUAGUUCGGUUAAUGGCCGAGACGCUCUCACCAAAUAUGUCAUUGCCGAAAAUUACAUCCAUAAACUCAUACCUAUUGUAUCCGAUGCCGAGGAUCUCGAAAGCCUUGCCGACUUGCACCGUCUCUGUAAUAUUAUGAAAAUUAUCAUUCUCCUCAACGAUACGGCGAUUAUAGAACACGCUGUAUCGGAUGCAUGUGUGAUUGGUGUUGUGGGCGCCUUAGAAUACGAUCCAGAUUUUCCUAGCCACAAGGCCAAUCACCGCCAAUGGUUACAGGGUGAAGGCCGAUUUCGGGAGGUUGUGCGCAUUGAGGAUGGUGAAAUCCUCAAAAAGAUUCACCAGACUUAUCGGUUGCAAUAUCUGAAGGACGUGGUGCUUGCUCGCAUAUUGGAUGAUAAUACCUUCUCGGUACUCAAUUCGCUGAUUUUCUUCAAUCAGGUGGAUAUAGUAACGCAUGUACAAGCUAACUCAGCCUUCUUGCACGAGCUAUUCACUAUUUUCAAACCCGAUCAAGACUCGAACCGAAAAAAGGAGGCUGUCCUUUUUAUUCAACAAUGCUGCGCCAUCGCCAAGAACCUUCAACCCCCGGCCCGACAGACACUUUACAAUAACUUCAUCGCUCAUGGUCUACUUACCGUCAUUCAUUUCGGUCUCACACACAGUGACGUAUCGGUUCGCGUUGGUGGAACAGAUAUCCUUGUGUCUAUGAUUGAUCAUGAUCCUCAGAUGAUUCGCCAGUUGAUAUAUCGUCAAAUAAGCGACAAACAAGCUCCUUUAACCGACACUCUCAUCGAUCUCUUACUUGUGGAGACCGAUUUGGGCGUCAAAUCACAAAUCUCGGAUACUCUCAAGAUACUUCUUGACCAAGGACCCCCUAUACAGGCUGAAGCUUUUGCGAAGGCCAAUGGGGAGUAUGCCGCCCGAGCUAGAUUAGCCCCUGCUCCAGAUCCUCAACAAGACCAAUUCCUGAACCUCUUCUAUGAGAAUUCUGCCGUCAAGCUUUUCCAGCCUUUGAUCGCAUUGCAAGACCGCACUACUAUGGAGUUCACCAAUGUUGAAGCGUCUGCCUUCAGCUAUCUAGUCGAGAUCUUAUGUUUCUUCAUCAGGCAACAUCAGCAUCGUAGCAAAUUUUUUGUUUUGACUAAUAAUAUUGUCCCGCGAAUUACCCAGCUAUUGCAGUCUUCAGAAAAGUUUUUGAAACUUGUUGCUGUCCGUUUCCUUCGCCAACUGGUUGGCUCGCAAGAUGAGUUUUACAUCAAGCACUUGUCGGAGAAAAGAGUUCUUGAGCCAGUACUUGACCUACUCAUUCAGACGAUGCCCCGUGAUAACUUAAUAAGUUCUGCAUGUUUGGAACUCUUUGAGCAUAUUAAGAAGGAAAUGAUCAAAGAGCUUAUAAAGCAUAUGGUGGAAAACUACCGGGAAAAGCUGCAGUGUCUCUCAUAUAUGGAGCUUUUCAGGACAAUGAUCGUUAGGUACGAUCAGACUUCUGGAUUCACGGCUGACAACGAUUACUUUAUGGAGCGUGAAGAGGGUACUUCUCGUGACCCUAGGCGCAACCGGCCGCCCCCGCACAGGAAUCCCAUGGAGCACUUGACAAUGGAUGAGGCCCAAGAGGAAUACUGGAAUACAUCGGAUGACGAAGAGGACCUACAAGUGAAGCCUAGUGAGCACAUAUUGUCCACGAAUGGCGAAUCACACAGUUCCAAGCUCUUAGUUGAUUACGCAUCGGAUGAAGAACCGGACGAGAAUAUCGAGGCGGGAGCAAUCUCUGGCGACGAGGACAAGCUAGAAGAACGGACCCGGAACGCCGAUGAUAAUCCGAUGGUGGCUGUGCCACCACCGGAACGAGUAUCCGAGAAACGGCGCCGUGAAGAGGACGAAGAAGAUGACCUCGGUAAAAUGGUGCAGCAUAAACGUCGGAACAGUACAUCAGCGGGGUCGAAUGCAUCAACUGGUACUCCAAAUCCGCUGCUGCGAAGAAAAAGGACGCCAACUGGCGUUCGAGAUUCUGGUGGGGGCCCCAAGAAGAUUGCCAUUAGUUUAUCAGCUGCGACAAAAUCGGGAAUGUUGGAGGGUGAUGACUGAAGUAUCAGCGCAAUUUAUCGGGCACGUUUACAUGCAUGCCAUAACGAAUAGGGCUCGUCAAUAGCCAAAUAAUGACGGGGUACGAGGGUCGGCGUUCGGACGGGGUAGGAACCAUUCUACCAUGGCCUUUUGAAAGGAUAGAAUCUGAGUUCGCUAGGAACCAUGGCAAUAGGUCUUGAGCCACAAAGGGAAAAAAAGGAUUGGCCGCCUGCGAAACUCCUAGCGGACUUUCUGACGUCUAAGACUCCGUCUAGAGUACAGCAAGCCGCUUCAACUGCAGAGAUUGAAUUAGGCAAUUGGUGUCACCUGUACUAUUAGAAAACCAUCGACACUCGAACUUGUUGGCCUAAGGAGAAGCCCAUCAAUGUGAUAGCCGAUCAUACAAUGAAAACAUGUAAAAGACUAUUUCCCUUUG